AUGGUCCAUGAUUGCGCUGGGAGAAACAGCUACGCUGACGAUAGGGCACUUCUCGUUUCGCGAGGAACCCGUUCCGGAAGUGCUUGGCGAGUUCUCCAUGUGCACUGCGCUAGCCGUGCUCGAGGCAUCGUUUCAGUAUACCGAGCCUGA